GUUCUUAUACUAAGUAAAAUAUUUAAAAUUACAAAUGGAAACUAGAAAACUGCUUAAUUGCAUAUUAAUUGUUUUUGCUGCUGUAAUUAAAACAAAUCUUUGCGAUGUGUGUGAAAUUAAAGGAUGGGGCUUUCAUUGCGAUGGAUGCUCAAAGAUGGUAUAUUGCAUAAAACCUAUCGGAGCAGAUUGGAUAACAGAAGAGAUAGGUCAGUGUGAUGAAAAUAAAAAUUUAUAUUGCAAUGAAUUAUACAAAAACUGUUCUUCAACAAAAAAUUGCAGUAGUAAUGAUGUAACUGAAGUAGAUUUAGUGUUUAAUUGCAAAAAUGAAGGAAUAUUUCCAAACCCGUAUGAUUGUAAAACAUAUUUUAUAUGCUCAAAAGACUCAAAGUCUUCAAGUUUGUCUAAAGAUUAUAUAAAGUGUCCCGAUGGAUAUGCUUUUAAUCCAAUGUCAAAUUUGUGCAACGAAAGGUACGACAACAAUGAAUUAUGUAAAAGGCAAUACAAAUGUAACGCAGUGUAUGAUAUAGCAGCAUGGCCAACAAACAACAACAUAUUCUACGUUUGUAAAGAAGGGAGAUUCGGAGUUUCGAACGAAAAAUUUUUGUAUCCAGAGCUUUACUCUUGCGAACCCGAUAAAAUUUUUGAUAAUCAAUUGCAAAAAUGUGCCAGUGAAGAUGAAAUUAUUGCAACUACUACAAAUCAAAAUAACGAAAGUACUGCAACACCUACUCCAUCACCUACUGAGUGCUUAAAAGGAGGUAUUUUUGAGGAUCCCAAUAAUUGUAGGGGUUAUAUUUAUUGUACAUUUCAAUUACGAAAAAUUUUAAAAUUAUGCCCAAAUAAUAGUCAUUUUAAUAAAACUUUAAGUGCUUGUGUUCCAGGCUCCGAAUGUUGAAGUAUGGAA